CGCGCUGACCGCGCAUUGCUCCGCGUGGUGGCCGAUGCGCAUCGACUGGGUCAGGGCUGUGAGGAGAUCUACUUCCAGCGCUUGAACAUUACGGGGUCUUGGGCGGUGGCCAGGCAGAGAGGAGGUUACACGUAUGCUGCGGCAGACGCCACCAACGCGACCCCAGAAUGGACAGCCUUCGGUCAGGUUCAGCUGAAAGUCGUUCAUGGACGUUCUCACAGUGGUGUUGUGUACUUGAACUUCUACGCCAAGCACCUCGGCCAGGUGGGACUCCCUGUCGGGGGCCUCCUGGGAGAUGACGACCACACAUACGAAGGGACGCCUCCAGAGACGUGCCUACGGACGACUCGUCUUCUGGACGUUGGCGUUCAUGCCCAGGAGUCUCCCGCGGCCUCGAUCGCAGUUGCAACGCUCGCGUGA